AAAUUAGAGAUCGAUACCGAAAUAUUUGCAUUGUGUCCUAUAGAAAAUGGCUGAUCAAAUAAUGUGUUUCAUAGAUAGACUAUCGAGUAUCAAAUAACGUGUUAUAAGGUUAGAUAUAUAGGUUAAAAAAUACCUGGUUAGAAAUAAUAGUUUUACAGGUUUCGGUUGGAUAGCUAAUAUCAAAAGGAUCUCAUAACUUACUGACAUAUAUUUCCGUGUAUAUUAUAAGACACAUCGGUGUGUGAAUAUACUUAACUUAAAAUAAAAGAGGACACGCAUGAAGGCUCAUCGUUUAUUAUAUCAGCACGAAAAAUGGAGAAGUCCGUAUAUCCGCCUCAACCGCCGCCUUCAUACGAUUCCCUACCAGGAAUAGUGCAACAGCAACCGUUGGCCCCACCACCGCCAGUUAUGCCGAUGCAAGGUAUGUCAGGAAUGCCGGGGAUGUCAGAAAUGGCAGGUAUGUCGGGAAUGCCGCCCGCACAGAUACAUUGGAUGGCCCGGCCACAAGGUGGACUCACCUGUCCUCCUGGUUUAGAAUACCUGAACCAAUUGAAUCAGCUGUUCAUGCACCAAGAGAUAGACGUUAGUCCUGGAGGGAUGUAUGGUCCUGUAGCAAACGCUAACUGGUACAGGAUAAUGAAUGCCAAUGGCCAACAGGUGUUUACAGCAAUAGAAGGUCCACCAAACACGAGUGGCUCCUGCGUCUGCCUUCCCGGACAAAGAGGCUACGACGUUCGGAUCAAAGACAAUAUUAACAAUGAAGUGAUGAGAGUUACACGUGACCCAAUCUGCUGCUCGUGCUGUCCAUGCCUUGGCUGUGAACACGUGGUCAAAAUAGAAGCCCCUGUCGGUCAGGUCAUAGGUUAUUUUAAGAGCCAAAAAGGCUGCGGUGGCAUUACAUUCACGAUUUCAGAUGCCGAAGAUCAGGUGGUGUUCACUAUUGUAUUUCCGUGUUGUGCGACCUCCUCGUAUCUACAAGAACAAGAAUACCAGGUAUUGGCAAGUGAUGGCAUAACUCAGGUGGCGAGAUUUACCAAACACUGGAGCAAGAUGCACUAUUUCUUCCGGUUGAAAAAAUUCUCAUUAACUUUUCCUAUGGAUUUAGAUGAGAGAAUGAAGGCUGUGUUGCUUGGAACAAUUUUCGCAAUUGAUGUUAUGUAUUAUCCGCCAGUUGAAAGCGCUGCAAGAAGAGGAAGGCGUAUGUGAAAAUGACAGUAAUAAGUUUAGCGGGAAAAAAAACUUCAAAGAAUAACACACAUAAUUAAUGGAUUUGGAGUUUUCAGCUGAUUUUCUAGCUCGUGUAAUCAGGAAUAACAAUUUCAAAAUAUUAAUACUCUUAGAAAAAAAAUCGGAUUUUGUUAUGAUAUUGAUUGUAAAAUGUAAUUUAAUGCAAUAUGUAGCAACGAGUAUGAGUAACAUGUAGUUACUAUAAUUG